UUGUUUGCUCCGGCUCCCAUUCGCAUCCCCUCGCCUAUAAAUACCGGGAAGAAGAAAAGCCGCUCCCGCCGCCUCCCCCGGGCCAGGUUUCCUUCCCGACGGCCCGACCUGCCCGAUGGCACUGGCUGGGUGCCGCCGCGUCUGAGACCCCGCUGCCUGCCGAGCCCUUCUAGAGGCGCAGCCCGCACCCCCCGGCCUCCCCACACCCCCCGCCCCAUCCCGGGCAGGAAGGCGCCUCUCGCUCUCCGGUCGCCCCCUGGUUUCGCUCGUUCCUCUCUCCCGCCGGCACCCAGGAAAGAGGAGAAGAUGCAUUUCGCGCCGCCGGGGCUCCUGCUAGCCCAUCUCCACGCAUGCAUCUACUGGAGCUGCCUGUGGCCCGCCGGUGCCCAGCAGCCGCCGCCCCGCGACGCCCCGCCGCCCCCUGCCGCCUGGAGGCAGCGGAUCCAGUGGGAGAACAACGGGCAGGUGUACAGCCUGCUCAGCCUCGGGUCCCAGUACCAGCCUCCCCGGCGCAGGCAGGCGGCGGAGGCGGCGGGCAGCCCCAUCCUGCUGCUGCGGAACAACGGCACGCUGCCGCGGGGAGCCGCCGCCCGAGCUGCCGCGACCACCGCUGCGCAGUCCCAGCCCGCCGCCGCGCAGCCCCAGCCCGCCGCCCGCAGCCGGGGGGGCACCGGCGCACGGCACUGGUUUCAGGCCGGCUACCAGGCUCCCUCGGAGGGUCGCGCCGCUGGGCAGCGGAGCCAAGGGGCUGCCACCCCCGCGGCCAGAAGCGCCUCCUCGGGACCUUCGCGACCCAGCGCUUCCACCAGCCCCGCCAGCGGCACCGGGACCGACGGCAACCGAAGCAGCACCGGGGCUGGCGGACUGCCGCCUCUCAGCAACUUCAGACCGGGGCGGGAAGAUGUCAUGGUAGGAGACGACCCCUACAACCCCUACAAGUAUACGGACGAUAACCCCUAUUACAACUACUACGACACCUACGAGAGGCCCCGCCAGGGCAGCAGGUACAGACCUGGCUAUGGCACCGGCUACUUCCAGUAUGGUCUCCCUGACUUAGUCCCGGAUCCCUAUUACAUCCAGGCGUCCACAUAUGUCCAGAGGAUGUCCAUGUAUAACUUGAGAUGUGCUGCUGAGGAGAACUGUCUGGCAAGCUCUGCUUAUCGAGCGGAUGUUAGAGACUACGACAAUCGGGUGCUCCUGAGAUUUCCCCAAAGAGUGAAAAAUCAAGGCACGUCAGAUUUUCUGCCCAGUAGACCCCGUUAUUCAUGGGAGUGGCACAGCUGUCACCAACAUUAUCACAGCAUGGAUGAAUUCAGCCACUAUGACUUGUUGGAUGCAAGCUCACACAGAAAAGUCGCUGAAGGACACAAAGCAAGUUUCUGUCUUGAAGAUACCUCCUGUGAUUAUGGAUAUUAUAGACGAUAUGCAUGUACAGCGCAUACACAAGGACUGAGCCCUGGCUGCUAUGACACUUACAAUGCUGAUAUAGACUGCCAGUGGAUUGAUAUUACAGAUGUAAAACCUGGAAAUUACAUUCUGAAGGUGAGUGUAAACCCCAGCUAUUUGGUGCCUGAAUCCGAUUACUCCAACAACAUAGUACGCUGCGAUAUACGCUAUACAGGCCACCAUGCAUAUGCCUCUGGCUGUACAAUUUCACCGUACUGAGAAAGUUGCAAGAAAAUGGAUGAGAGGUGCCAAAUGUUUUGAACUGAAAUAUCAUUGUAUAAACUUCAAUAGGAUGUAAACACUAUAGAAACAAAAACUACAGAGCAUACACACAUACACCCACACACCUUAUGUGAUAUUGAAGCACUUCAGCUGCUUCUCAACCAAAUCUGUAACUGGAUUUUAAGCAUUUAAAUUGGCAUUAGUUUUAUUACUCUUGAAAUGUGUGGAACUGGUGAUUCAUGCACAGAUCCUUUGAAUUUCGAAAAUCUAACUCAUUCAUUAAAACACAAGCAUUUCUUAAGUCUUGAAAA